ACGAAAAAAUGGCGUCAAGUGGAAGGAAGAAGCGGUCACUUACGGAAGAAGAAACUAGUGUUCUUCUGGACUUAUGGGCUGACGAUCGUAUACAAGCGAAAUUCAAUAAUUAUUUUCGCCAUAAUCUGAUAUGGGAAGAUAUCGCCUUAAGAAUGAGAGGAAUGGGGUACAAUAGAAGUGGGAAAGAGUGCUACAACAGAGUAGGUAACCUCAAAAAGAUUUUCGCACGAAAGAAGCGCGAUUUCGAAACAGGAGUUGCUGAUGCUACAGACUGGACUUACUGGUCCCAUCUGGAAACACUCUUCAAAUCAAUACCCAGCAGCAGUCAGGCUGUCAAUGAAGAUGAAGAUUUCUCUGACCAGUUUUUAAAAGUAGAAGAAAGUGUUUGUGAUGAUGAUUAUGCAGAAGAAGAAAAUCAAGGUGAAGGGUAUAAAGAAGAAGAGCUUAUGAUGAAUGGCAAUACAGCAUCAGCGAUGAGUGAUUCGCUAGCUGUACUGAUGGGAGAUCUCGAUGGAGAGGAUGAUGACGAAGAAUUCAGCACCCAGCAGUCUCAGAUGAUCACAGUACAGCCUUCACCCUCUCCUUCACCGCGCAUAAAGAAGAAACCUGCGAUUAAGAAGAGCAAGCGGAGGGCCCAUUCAGAUGACUACUACAUCAAGCAGUUGAUAGAGAAUGAUAAGCAGAUGCUGCGAAACCAGCAACGGCAGCUGCAGCUUGAUGAACAAGUGUCAACAGCAGCACUGCAGUUCUUCAGUGUUAUGACUGCAUACCUGAACAAAGUAAACAGCACUAUGCAACCCCCCACAAGCAAGGACAGUACUGUGCCAUCACCACCUGGCUUGUCUAAGCUUCCCUCUGACACAGAGCCCAGCCCUCAGGCUCAAACAACACAAAAAAGUGACUCUGUUGCCCCUCAGACAGUGAGACAAGUGAAAAGAUUGUGUACAACUGACAUUUCUCAGAACCCGAUGUGUAAUGGAGUUAGUUAUCUCAAGAAGAGAUAAAAUGAUUGUAAUUUGAAUGUCUUGUGAACGUGACAAUGUCAUACCCAAAUGAGUAAUCCUCAACUUGUCAAUGAUGCUGCUCUGGAGAGGCAGUGAAAUGCCUGCACAUUUUUCAUUUCUGUGUUUUAGAGGAAAUCAAAUGAAAUGUGCCAUUUUAUUUGCAGGUUGCCAACUUCAAGUUCUUGUCUUUAAGCUUAGGUACAUGCUUCAGUUUGCUGUCAUUACGUGGUACUAAGUGGUAUUGUGACUAAUUAUUCUCUAUGUGUUCGUUACAGCAGGUGCCAUGAUUUCAGUUUUUACCUUCUCCCAGCAAGCUACACAUUCAACGGAACUGGUUGGCAUAGCAGUAAUGCCUGAGACUUGUGUGCAGGAGGUGCUCAGUUUGAAUCCCAACUGGAAAGCUGGCUAUAAUGACUAAUAUUGUUCAUGGUUUUCCUUAGUCCCACUAAGCAAUUGCCAGGAUAUUACCUCAAAUUAAGCCACAGUCAGUUCUGUAGAAUCCUUUCCAAUUCAUCUUCCAUCUAUGAUCCUGACAUUCACCGCUGGAAAUAGUCUAGCUAUGGGCAACACUGUAAAAUAUCCCACAAGAAGUGUGCUGUUUCUCUUUGGCAGUUCACAUGUUGCCACUCGAGUCGUACUGUCGGUAACUACAAACAGUGUUACAGUAUCAAGAGUUCUUUGCUCUCUGCUACUGGGUAAGUGGCACAGCAGUGACUGGGGGUGGGGGUGGGUGCAGAUUAGGGGGUUGUCACAUCAUGGAAGAAGGAAACAUAACCCUUGGUCGCUAAUUCUUCUGUUUAAAUGAUCUGGCUAGGCUGGUGAUGGACCUGGAAGCAACUAAUGUCACAACAGUGCAGGUACAUGGACACGCCCACACCCCAGCUUCAGUACUUGCUGUGUAAACACAGGCGACAUGCCCUCCUUGCUAAACAUAGGGCACAUUUCAGCAUAAACAUAUUCGUAGCACCGAUGACAAUACGAGAUCUCAAGUUCUCUUGGUAAUGAGUAUCAAGAAUUCAGUCAUCUGGGAUGUCACUCCAUGUAGAUACGUUACCGAGCAACAUCAACAGACUGUAAACUUAUUAGCUGUAAUGAUGUCUAUAAUUUUGUUGCAUUUAGUACAUGGACACUGGGAAUUAUUUCUGUUUAUUAAGGAGUAGAAGCGAUCCUCAUUAUAUGCAACGGUUGCAUCCUUGAAAAUGUUCAUGUUUAGCGCACUGGACAGACAUUGAGAAUGAUGCAGAUGCAGUAGAGAAUGACAUGAUGGAAUCGAAAUAGUGGGGACAACUCACUGAGCAUGUGCAGAAACUUGUGCCAUGGUGUCAGAUAAAAUAUUGCUGCUCCUUAGGACACUGAAAGAAAACCUCAGAUAACGAAACCAUGUACAGCUAGUCACUUGAGCUGUCUUAUAUAUUACAUAGGUAUUACAACCAAGCAUUUUGAUGUGUAUUUGUGGUUCUGUAUAGAAAUUGUUGGCCUACAUAUCUCAAGCAAUAAAGUUUACAGUAAAAAGUCUA